CAAUUCUAUUUAAUCGUCUGCAGCUUUGACCACAGAGCCUUCCGCUGGAUGAUGACGAUGGUGUUUGCAGUGGAGGAAAUAAAUCGUAAUUCUAGCUUGUUACCAGGUGUUAAACUGGGCUAUAGGAUUAUGGACAGCUGUGACCAGGUCCACACCAGCCUAAAGGCUAUUUUGUCUUUAGUCAGUCCAUCUAAAGCUGUGAUGAGUGAGAUUAAACAAAUAAAAGAAAAUGCAAAAAUACUCGAUAAAUCAAGGGACAGGAUUACUGGAUCGAAGGGGGUGAAAAGAGAAGAAAAUACGAUAAAGGAACGCACUCAAAGUAUAGUGAAAAAUGAAGGCUCGGAAAUUCUUGGAGAAAUGACUCACGGUCUUGAAAAUUCUGGAAAUAAUGAAAAGGAAACAGGGGAGACAACAGAUAGAAAUAAACAAUCACCAUCCUUACCUUCAUGUCUGGCUGAUUCUCCUGUGUCAGCUGUGGUUGGUCUUGCAUCAUCUUCCCCCACAAGAGCUGUGGCUCACACCCUUGGCCCAUUCAACCUGCCACUGGUGAGUUAUUUUGCUACUUGCACAUGUCUUAGCGACAAGCACAUGUACCCGUCAUUCUUGCGGACUGUGCCGAGUGACAUAUUUCAAGUUAAAGGCCUUGUCCAGCUAGUGACCUUCUUGGGCUGGUUCUGGGUGGGCACAAUAGGGACCACGGAUGACUACAGUCAAUAUGGUAUCCAAGAAUUUUCCAACCAGUUUCGACAACAAGGUGGGUGUGUGGCAUUUCAUCUGACCAUCCCGAAAACACCCACAGCUGCUGAGACACAAGAAAUGGCCGACAGGCUGCAGGGUUCUACCGCUGUGGUAGUGGUGGUGUUUGCAACGGAGGGACAACUUAUGGACCUGGUCUUAGAGCUGGCUAAAAGAAAUGUGACAGGAAUCCAGUGGAUAGCUAGUGAAGCCUGGGUAACCGCACGCCUGCUGACCUCACCCCGCUUCCACCCUCUCCUGGAGGGCACGCUGGGCUUCUCCUUCCCUGGAGUCCGGAUCCCCGCCUUGAAAGAGUUUCUGUUAAAUCUGCGCCCUUCUCCCGAAUCUGGGAUGGAAUUUGUCAACAUGUUCUGGGAAGAGCUGUUCAGCUGCAGGCUAAAGUUUAGUGGAAACAAGUCUGAAGAAAAUGAAGCAGAUACCAUAGAUAACUUUAUGGGAUUGGAUGCUUUUGAUGACAAAAAGGACUCUCAUCCUGCGUCCUUGGUCAGGCCUCUUGUAGGAAAGCACAGCAAGUUCGAGGGAUCAGCUGCUGAAAACUACAGCCGUGCUGCUGAAAAGCCUGUUUGCACCGGUUCAGAGGAUCUGAGUUACAUUCACAGCACUUUUACUGAUGUAUCUCGGGUCAGAGUAUCCUAUAAUGUUUAUAAAGCUGUGUACGCCAUUGCCCAUGCUCUUCACACUUUAUUAAACUGUGAUUCCGCCAAAAAUUACGGAAUGUGUGAAAAUCAUAAAUCAUUCACUUCUGGCCAGUUACUGCAUCAUCUGAAGACAGUGAAUUUCACCAACCAGUUUGAGGAGAGUUUUUUUUUUUACCCCAACGGAGAGCCGGUCCCUCUCUAUGACAUCAUUAACUGGCAGAAGGACAGCGAGGGUGAAAUUAGAUUUAUAAAAGUGGGAAGCUAUGAUGGUUCUGCUCCAUUGAAAAAACAAUUGCAGCUAGAGCACAGCACCAUUGUGUGGACAAGAGGACAGUCUCAGGCGCCCGCGUCUCAGUGUAGUUCUCCAUGCUCCCCUGGCAGCAGACAGGCCAGACGUCCAGCAGAGCCGCCCUGCUGCUUUGAUUGUUUGCCCUGUGCAGAAGGAGAAAUCAGCAACCAGACUGGUUCCACUGAGUGCACAAAAUGUGCUGAAUACUACUGGCCAGACAAAGACAAUGUGAAAUGCGUGGCUGGGGUCGAAGAAUUCCUGUCCUUCCACGACAUCAUGGGCAUCAUCCUGGUCACACUCACCCUGCUGGGCGUCGUCCUGACAACCUUUGUAACGGCUGUCUUUCAACGGUUCCGCUCCACCCCGAUCGUCAGGGCAAACAACUCAGAAAUAAGUUUCCUGCUUCUCCUGUCACUCAAGCUGUGCUUCUUGUGUUCUCUGGUGUUCAUUGGCCAGCCAUCUGUGUGGACGUGUAGGCUCCGCCAGGCAGCAUUUGGGAUUAGCUUUGUCCUCUGUCUCUCCUGCCUACUUGUUAAGACCAUAGUUGUCCUCUUGGCCUUCCGUGCUAAUGCACCCGGUUCAAGGGCCCUGAAGCAGUUUGGUCGCUGUCAACAGCGGACGUUGGUCAUCUGCACCACAGCUCCUCAGAUUUGUCUCAGUGCUGCUUGUCUAUUGUGUGCACCUCCCUUCCCGUUCAAGAAUCCAAACUACCAAGCCACAACUGGAAAAAUUGUUGUGGAGUGUAAUGAGCCAUGGCCUCCUGGAUUCUAUCUGGUACUGGGCUACAUUGGUUUACUGGCUUUUGUCUGCCUCAUCCUGGCGUUCCUUGGACGGAAGCUCCCGGAUACCUUCAAUGAGGCAAAACUCAUCACCUUCAGCAUGCUGAUCUUCUGGGCUGUGUGGAUCUCUUUCAUUCCAGCUUAUGUCAGCUCUCCUGGGAAGUUCACUGUGGCUGUGGAAGUAUUUGCUAUAUUAGCCUCAAGUUUUGGACUCUUGCUAUGUAUUUUUGUGCCAAAAUGUUACAUAAUACUGCUGAAGCCUGAAAGAAACAUUAAGAAAGGAAUGACAGGAAAAUAUUUCACAUAAAGUUGUAGGUGGUCCUUUUAAUAGCAAACAAAAGUUUUUUAUCAAGAAAUCAUGCAAAUACAUUUGAAUGUGAACAAAUAUUCCCGGUUUUUGUGUUCUACCUGAUGCCUUACAUACAGUAUUAUAAGGGUAUAUAUAGAAUAUUAGAAAUUUGGUGCUUUGAAGCCUAUUACAUAAGGUGUUGAAUAAUGGAUUCUGGGGCUUUUCUGUUUCCAAUCGAAUGAAACACCUAGUCUAUUCAAUUCACUGAAUUCUGAAUUCACAGAAUGCAUUGUAGGGUUAAGGGGUAACGUGGCACAAAGCCCGUGUGACUAAAAGAGUAGAUGAAGAUAUUGGAAUCCCUGCUCUACUAGCAAAGGCAGACAUCACUGCGAGCUGCCCAAUAAUAAACUGCAAGGUCUGCACGUGUGUAUGUGCACAUUUUAACUUGGUGUGCUAAAACACAUUUUCAGUUCAAUAUUGAAACCUUAUUAGUGGAAAAGGGCCUUCAAAAGCUUUAAAAAACACAAUUAAAUAAAUUUUGCAUCAGAUCAUGCAGUCAAUGUAUUUUGAAUAAACUGUAAAAUUCACUCCAAACAUUUAAUAAACAACUAAAAAUAUUUGCACAAAACACUGUAUGAUAUUAUACAUAAAUACAAAUUGCAAAUGCCUGAAAAGGAAAAAUCCUCAAACUUAAGUUAACAGGUACAACAAGGCAGCAGAUAGGGCCAGUGUUCGGCCCAAAAAACCCACCUGACACUCCUUAGAAUAGUCACCACUACAUAUCUUUAUAUCUUUGAAAUAUACAUUAGGUAAUUAUAUGAUAUGUACUAUACUAUAGAAACAUACAUAAGCAUUUAAUAUGUAUUUGAAAUCUAAAAUCAGCUAACCUAUGGCUUGUUAAUUAUUUCAUUUUACCAUUAGGUGCUGUUUUGUAUUCUUUUUUGGCUUCAAUAAUAUAAUGUAGCAUUUUGGAGCAAACAAGCAAAACAACAGGCCAA